AUGACCCCCUCGGGGCAGACCGUGUUCGGGCCGUUACAAGAAAAGUCGCAACCCAACAGACGGAAUUGGACCGGGAUGAAUCGGUCGUCGAACGUGAACCAACUGACGAUCAUCGACGAGGACCUGCCCCACAUCAUCUUCUUCAUCUUCGGGACCUUCCUCUUAGGAGCUUUUCUAAGAUGUCUCUUGAAGAGAAUAAAACUGCCCUAUACUAUAGUUGUUUGUAUGGUUGGUGUCAUUAUAGGAGCGUUAAGUCUCAAGUAUAGAAAGGUUCACAUUUACACAGAAACCAUGGCAAACAUCAAUCCACUGUUGCUUAUUCAUGCCUUCAUGCCAGUUUUGAUUUUCAGCAGUGCCUUUGAAAUUGAAUCUCAUAUAUUUUUGAAAUCACUUUCACAGGUGGUGAUUUUGGCUGGUCCCGGCUUGAUUCUGAGUAGUGCAAUGAUUGCUCUAAUGGCUGUUAAAAUUUACACAUUCAACUGGAACUGGUACAUUGGCAUGAUGUUUGGGUGUAUUCUUGGCUGCACUGAUCCUAUUACAGCCGUCGCUCUCCUUAGGAAUCUAGGUGCCUCCAAGGCUCUUACUCUAAUAAUUGAAGGGGAGUCGUUGCUAAAUGAUGGCACUUCUAUUGUUGCAUUUGAAGUCUUUCGAGAUCUUUCUCUGGAUCCGUUUCAUCUUGGUACAAAACUGAUUUUGAAGGUGCUUGUCAGCCCAAUAUAUGGAUAUCUAAUGGCCAAAAUCACCAUGUUAUGUCUGACCUAUAUAUUCAAUGAUGGUUUAACAGAGAUAACUAUCAGUUUGGGAAUUACUUAUGUCACAUUCUAUGUUGGUGAAUGGAUUGGUAUGUCUGGUGUCAUAUCUGUUACCUUUAUGGGUCUUUUUAUGGACACAGUGAGUUUUAGCCCAGAGAUUGAAGUGUUCCUGUUACGCUUCUGGGAAAUGCUGACAUAUCUGGGUAAUACACUUAUUUUCAUGAUUGUUGGAGUUGUGAUAUCACAGAGAUCUCUAGAACAUAUGUCUAUCAAUGAUGGAUUUUUUAUCAUUGUGCUCUACUUUGGACUAAACACUGUACGGUUGGUGCUGAUUGUAGCAAUGUCACCAUUACUAUCCCGUAUGGGAUAUGGUUUUAACUGGCGCUGGGCGGCUGUUUGUAUCUGGAGUGGCACAAAGGGGGCUUUCACUUUGAGUCUUGCUCUCAUGGCUUACCAGUUAGAAGGUCUUGAUGAAGAGAAUGUCAGGAACAAGAUCCUGCUGCAUGUGUCAGGAACUGUAGUGCUGACGCUGUUAAUCAAUGGGACCACGAUGGGAUGGAUUGUCAAUCUGUUGGGUCUUAGUGAUAUACCAAUUCCUAAACGCAUGGCAAUGUAUAGUGCAAUUCAACGUAUCAAAGAGAGUCAGAAUAACACUUUCUCUUUGCUGAAAAUGGAUAGAUUCCUAGCAGAUGCUAACUGGAUAAUGGCAGAAAGAGUAGUGCAGAUUGAAGAUCCAUACAAGACAUCUCAUGAUGACGUUAAUAUUGAUGAGCAUUUGACGAAUGCAAGAGCAGCUCGAUGCCCCGAUUGUGAGAAGGGCAUUGCUUGGGAACCCUCGCUUCGUGAGAUAGAUGAUAUGAUGGAAGAAGCUAGGAUACGCGUUUUAAAAGCACAAAAGACUAGUUACUGGCGGCAGUACAGUGCUGGAAUGCUUAAUCGACAGGCAGCACGAACUCUGAUCAGUAUCACCGAGAGCACCAUUGAUUCUGGAAGGUUUAUGACAGUAUUAGAUGUGAAAAAGCACUGGGAAAUCAAAGGAUUGUUUUUCAAUGUGAGGCAGAAACUAGAGGACUGGGUGUACAACGUCAAAGUAGAAAAAUAUAAACCAUCAAAAAACAGAUUAUUGAAGCUUUCCUACUAUGUGGUGUUCACCAAUUCUUUUGACUGUUUUGUCUACAUAGUAAUAAUACUUAGUUUUCCCAUCAUAUUGGAAUACAUUCCGGAUCUGAGCACAGAACAUGAGAGAGAGCUGAAACUCAUAAAUUACGUGUUUGUCUUUGUGUAUGUACUGGUGGCAGUAUUGAAGAUUUUAGCGGUGCGUAAAGCCUAUAUCUUCGAUCAUUGGAACCAAUUUGACAUAUUUAUCAUUGUGCUGGCAACAGCAGACAUCAUCCUUGACCAGCUCUUUGAACGCACUGUGCACAUGAUCCGAACUGUCCGAAUCUUCAGAUUAGUUCGUCUUGCUAGGGUACUCCGGCUUUUAAAGAUUCUGAUUCCAAAGUUCAUACUUCUCCUCAACAAGCAGAUUAGUAAACAGCUAAGGUUUGGUUAUGACAUUGGAAAAGGAUAUGUAGUGGGAGAAGAGGAUGUCAGUAAUCUUAUUGAUCACAUUUCCGACCAAAAAGUGAUUGCCGAGCAACUAAGGAAUAUUGUGGAACGGAAUCAUCAAGAAGCUGUUAAAGAACUCGGUCUCUUGCAACGUGACCAUCCAGAGAUAGCAAUAUCAGUGAAAACCAGACAGGCAAUCCGAACUGUGCUCAACAGUGCCCGGGACACAAUCCAUGCUCUGAUGGCUGGAGGUCUUCUUGAUGACGCAGAGGCAUUCAAACUGGAAACGAUGAUUGAAGUAAAGAUGAAACGUCUACAGAAAUUCCCUGCAGCCAUACAACCUCCAACUGCUGAGGAGCUCCUAAAGAAUCUGCCUUGGCUGCAGAAUGCAGAGAAGCAAAUUGAAUUCAUUAAGUACAAAGCAAAGCUGCUUUAUUUUGAUUAUGGCGACAUCGUUGUCCAUCAAGGUGAAGAUCCACGAGGAAUCCACCUCAUUGUAUCUGGAUUAGUGCGGCUCCACGGUCUCAAGCCACAACUUGGAACCAACAAAGGAACUGAGCUGGAUUCUGUAGAUCGAGACAAAGAGCCAGGCAAAACUAUGCCUGUUUUCACUGACUACAGAAGCAGUGGAGCCAUUAUUGGAGAACUGAACUGUCUAACUCAGCAAAUAAUGGAGGUCACUGUGACCUGUGAAACUGUAGCACAGACUUGUUAUAUUUCAAUUGAUGACCUGUUUGAAGCGUUUGAUGUCUUUUCUGAGUUUCCUUCUCUGGAGUAUAAAAUCUGGCUGGCACUGGCGAUCCGCAUUGCUGUUAGCAUCAUGAUGGCUGACAUAACAUAUCAGGGUUGGUCCUACAACAGCAUCUGUUCUUACCUAGCUCGUGCUUACGUGGUGGAUAUAGAAAAAAAUAACAGAUUUGAUCUUUAUGAUGGGACAGUGGAGGAUGCAUUUCUUAUUUAUGGAAGUUGUGAAGAUAUACAGUCACAGAAAUCGUACGAUGCCCCAUCUUAUAUUGCCAAAACUACACAUCAGGUGAUAGGAACAGCCAAUAUAAAUAAAGUGCUGAUUGUUAGUGCAACCUCAAAGCUUGCUGAGGAGUGUACUGAUGCAUCCUGCUUCCAACAACCACCGACUAACAAAUAUUGUAAGUAA